GACAUUUCAGCAACUAAACAAAUUUUAUCUUGUUACCCAUGUAGGCACGUACGUCAUCCUACAACAAACCAUUAUUUGCGUUUUUAUUUUAUUGUUAUUAAUUUAAGGAGAUAUAAAAACCCGAAAUGAGUGCGCUAUUCAACUUUCAAAGUUUGCUAUCAGUGAUACUUCUAUUGAUUUGCACUUGUGCUUAUUUACGUUCACUUUUCCCAAGUAUAAUAGACCGAAACAAGACGGGGUUACUUGGGGUGUUUUGGAAACUAGCACGAAUAGGAGAGAGAAAGUCACCAUAUGUGGCUGUGGCAUGUGUGGUCAUGGCGAUAUCGAUAUUAUUCUGGACGUGAUACUAAGAGUUUGUUUACUACUCAAGUUUGAAUUGAAUUGUGUUUCUGGUGUGAAAUAAAACUGCAUUUUUAUAAUUCUGUGAAA